UAUACAUAUACAUAUAUUACCACAUUAAACAUGUCGAUGCAGUGCCAAACGCAGCUGCAGCGGAGCACUAUCACGCUCAAGGGCUCGGCGCAAAUUGUAUCGCAAUACUUCGAGUAUGCAGUUCAAAGCAUCCUAUACCAGCGCGGCGUGUAUCCGUCGGAGGACUUCAAGCAAAAGAAAGAGUAUGGGAUCAUGCUGUGGGUGAGCAGCGACGACAGCUUGAACAAGUACCUGACCACGGUGCUGUCCCAAACCAAAGCUUGGCUGGAGAGCGGGAAGCUGCGCCAGCUGGUGCUGGUCAUCACGGACGCCAACACGUCCGAGGUGAUGGAGCGCUGGACGUUUGACGUGGAGACCAACCAGGAGGCGGUGGCCGGCGGCAAGGUCCCGGAGAAGGCGGAGAGCGAGAUCAAGGGCGAGAUUGCUGGCAUUCUGCGCCAGAUCUGCGCGUCUGUAUCCUUCCUGCCCCUGCUCGACACCCGCUGCUCCAUCGACAUCCUGGUGUACACCGACAACGUCGACGAGGUGCCGGCGGAGUGGGAGGACAGCGACGCGCGCAACAUCAAGAACGCGGAGGUGGUGUCGCUGCGGGCCUUUAGCACCAAGGUGCACAACGUCAAGACCAUGGUGGCCUACAAGGCGGAGGAGGUGCUCUAAGAGUGAGAGCGAGGCCGCACUGCCUGCAAGGGGGCGGGGGCGGCACGCCGGCGCAGAGAGACGGCAGGGUGGCAGGGACUCCUUGCCGGACAGCUGGAGGGCGGGGGGCCGGGGGCUGCAGGAGCUGUGGGGAGGGGGACCUGACGGAGCCUGGCAGCUGCCACGGAGCAGCAGGUGCAGUGCGUGUCGUCGCCUUUUGCAAGCGACGACAUCGGCGGACCUGUGCUAACAUGACACAUGACUCUUGCUUGGCCUGUGGUGCUGGAGCUGUGCUUGAGGAGUUGAGCGAGCAGGGUGAAGGAUGUAUGCACAAGGGCCAGGGGGUUACACAGUAGUAAGCAUGGCUUUGGCUCGCGGCCCGAGAGGCGCACCACCAUCAGGUCUUGAGCCCAACGCAUAGGGGCUAUUCAUUGACACCGGACAACAAAGUGUUUGUACAUCAUCAUGACAACGCGUAGGCAUGCAGUGCCGGUACAUAGGUGAGCAACAAACUCAUGGCCACCGUAUGUGGUAUUAUGACGGUCUAGGCAGGUCAGUUGCUGGUGGCCAGCAGCCACAAGUAGGCGAUCAUGUUUGUGAUUCGGGCCCUCAGAAUCAAUGUCUAGGCUAGGACCGUAUGCACGGGUCAUGAUGAUCGUUUCGUCGCACAGGCGUCAGGGGGUGCACCCGGGGGCCCUUCCGUAACGCGCAGCAGCCGUUACGGCCUCCGGGGCCGCAAGAUUGUAACGGCAGCCCAGUCCUCUCACACCAGCCCUCUGUGCCUUUGCACGUGUUGUCCUUGAAGUUACCGGUAGUCAGGCCCAGGACGAAUUUCAACCAGACCAACCUCAAGUCAGCAAGCAGUCAACCACUCCAGAUGAUGCAUCAUAUGAAUGUUGCGCCCGAAUGAUAGACACCUCAGGUUCUGUUUCCUGGACAGCCUACACACACCGCCAACAUUACGUCAUAACGGUGCCCUGCCGAAUCGCAGUCAUGACAAGGACGCAAGCAAGUGGACGCACACAGCCCAGAUGCCCACUGAAUGAGGGGAGAUGAGGCGGCACAAGCCUGAUGUCACAUGACCUUACUGCACACCGUAGCCCACACGGACAUGCAGCCCUGCCCGCCUUGCAC